AUGAGGUGGAUUAAAGUAAUGGCAGGGCUUCUGCCCAUGAUUGGAAGUAAGGGUGCCGACGAGAAGGACUCGUCGCAGCAAAGAAGGCUGAGCAGGGUUGUUGUUCCCGAGCACUAUGAUCUGCAUGUGAAGAUCCUUGAUGCAGGGUUCUGCGGGUCUGUGGGGAUCCGGGUGAUGAUUUCGCAGGAUGUUUCCGAGAUAGUUCUGAAUGCCAAGGAGCUUGAGAUACGGGAUGCAGGGAUUGUUGUUGAGGGCGCACGGAUUCCGGGGCGUGUGGUUGUCGGGGAGGCGGAGAAGGAGUUGGAGGUUGUGCGGAUUGUGUUUCCGUCCUCUCUGCGUGCAGGGCCUGGAUAUCUUACGAUGGAGUUUUGUGGAGACUAUAGCAAUGGGCUUGUGGGGCUGUACAAGAGCGGAGGGCCGAAGGAGGUGUACAGCACACACUUUGAGCCGACUGAUGCACGGCGGGCGUUUCCGUGCUUUGACCAGCCCGAUAUGAAGGCGACGUUCAAGAUUUCGAUUGACGCGGGGUCGAAGUUUACUGUGCUGGCGAACACACAGGCGAUUCCGUCUCUCCGGGAGGAGUAUGGAGACAGGAAGAUCGAGUACUUUGAGGAGACGUGCAAGAUGUCGACGUAUCUUGUUGCAUUUGUGGUUGGCGAGCUUUCGUACAUUGAGGACUGGAGCAAGGACGGGGUGCGCCUCCGUGUGUACGGGGACAGCUCUGAGGUUGAGUGGGGACGGUAUGGGCUUGAGGUUGGGAAGAGGUGCCUGGAGUAUUUUUCGGAGUACUUUGGGGUUGGAUAUGAGUUUCCUCGUGCGGGGUCUGCGAAGAUUGACAUGGUUGGGAUCCCGAACUUUAGCAGCGGGGCGAUGGAGAACUGGGGGCUGAUCACGUUCCGAAGGGAGAGCCUUCUGUAUGUGCCUGGGAAGAGCAAUGUGGAGGACAUGAAGAAUGUGGCAGGGACGGUGUGCCACGAGCUUGGGCACAUGUGGUUUGGGAAUCUUGUGACGAUGUCGUGGUGGGACGACCUGUGGCUGAACGAGGGGUUUGCGACGUGGGUGUCGUUCAAGGGGAUGGAGAACAUCGGAUCUGUUGUUUCAUGGGACGUGUGGGGGGAGUUUGUGCUGUGGAAUGUGGUGCGCGGGAUGGUCGACGACGGGCUUGGGAAGAGCCACCAGAUCCGGAUGAAUGUGACGGAUCCCGGGGAGAUUGGGGAGAUUUUCGACAGCAUCAGCUACUGCAAGGGAGCGAGUGUUAUCCGGAUGAUUGAGAGGUAUGUCGGCGAGUCUGUGUUUAUGCUUGGGAUCCGGCGGUACAUCAAGGAGCACAUGUAUGGGAACGGGAAUGCAAUGAGCCUGUGGAAGGCGAUUGGGGAGGAGUAUGGAGAGGACAUUUCUGAGAUGGUUGAGGGAUGGAUUUCGCAGGCAGGGUAUCCUGUUGUGUCUGUGCAGGACUGCGGGUCGUCUCUUGUUCUGUCGCAGAGCAGAUACUCGAUGCUAGGGAAGAGUGAUGACAGCCUGUGGACGAUUCCUGUUGUGGUAUCGUGGGAAGGAAAGGGGCAGGAGAGGAUUGAGCUUAGGGGACGGGAGACGACUGUUCGGAAGAGGAGCAGUGUGUACAAGGUGAAUGCCGAGUACGGGGGGUUCUACAGGGUUCUGUAUGACUCUGCCGGGCUAUCUGGGCUUGAGUCUCGGAUUGAUUCCCUGAGUGUGGUUGACAGGGUGAAUGUUAUUGAGGAUGUGUUUGGGCUAGGGUUUGGGCUGUAUGGGGGUCUUGAGCAUGGGCUUCGGCGGAUAUCUGAGUACUAUUCUGACUCGUACCAUGUUGCUCGGAGCGGGAUUGAGAAGUUGCUUCGGUUGAGGAGUGUGUUCUACGACGACGCAGAGAUUGUGUCUCUGAUUGACAAGAAGGUCAGGAAGAUGAUUUUGCCCUGUGUUGGGAGGAUUGAUGUGUUUGAUAUUGGGACGUCUGUUGAGAGUGUCAGCAUGAACAAGUAUGUGCUGUCUGUGGGGGUUGAGGUGGGAAUCCGGGAAGCGGUUGAGAAGGUCCAGGAGCUGUGGAGGCGGCAUGUGGAGGCAGGAGAGGAGCUUGGAGAGCUCCGGUGGAUUGUGUACAAGGCAGUUGUCGACGAGAAUCUUGGAUACAUGAUGGACAAGUACAAGAACGGGGAUACGCCUGGGAUGCGGCGGGAGGUCAUGAACGGAUUCAGCGGGAUAAAGAGGGAGGAGAACUUUCUUGAUGUGGUUGGGAAUCUCUCUCAGUUCAGUGUUGAGGAUAUUGGAGUGGUGAUAGGGAGCAUCAGCAGGGGAGGAGCGUUCCGGGACGCGAUGGUCGAGUAUGUUGUGUCGCAUGGGGAGGAGCUGUACCUGAUGGUGCACAAGAAUGCGAUGCUGUACAACAUGAUUAUCAUGUCGCUGCGGCAUGUGAGCGGGGAUUUGAUUGUGGAGAAGGUCGAAAGGUUUCUUUCUGGGAUCAAGCACUCUGGAAGCAACCUGAGCAUUGAGAAGGUGCGGAACGAGAUCCAGUGGAGAAGGAGGAUGCGGGGGAUAAGAGAGGAGGUCCUUCGUGGGCUUCUGCCGGAGGCUGAGAAGUAA